CUUUUCCAAAACUCCUCUGUCCUCAUCGGAGAGAAGGAUCCAUCCGAGAGCAUCAUCGAUGGCCCAGCUCCAGGGGGAGCAGAGAUAUUGGUUUGUGCAGAGGAGAGGAGCAGCGUGAUCUGUUUGUGUACCAUAACUCAGGGCCACAGUGAGCAGAGCCAUGCCUCCUCCCGCAGACAUCGUGAAGGUGGCUAUUGAGUGGCCAGGUGCAAACGCUCAGCUCAUCGAAAUGGACCAGAAAAGAGCGCUGUCUUCAAUAAUACGGGAGGUGUGUGACGGUUGGUCUCUGUCUGGCUCAGAGCAGUUUGCCUUGCGUUACGCCGAUGGUCCUCAGCUCUACAUCACUGAACAGACUCGAGGAGAGAUCAAGAAUGGUACUAUCCUCCGAUUAGCUAUUUCACCUGGCCGAGCGGCGCGUCAGCUCCUGGAGAGGAUUCAGUCCCAUGGGAUCGACGCUCGUCUGGAGGCUCUGAAAGAACUGGCCAAACUGUCAGCUGACCCCACCUUCGCCGCAGAGUUCAUCAACAUGGAGGGCAUCGGGACCCUGGCACGCCUGGUCGAGAGCGGGACACACAGUUUUGGCGAGAUGCUGGCCUUCACUCUCACUGCAUUUCUGGAGCUGAUGGACCACGGCAUCGUCUCCUGGGACCUCAUCUCUCUGUCAUUCAUCAAACAGAUCGCUGGAUACGUGAACCAGCCCAUGGUGGAUGUGUCGAUCCUGCAGCGCUCUCUGGCCAUUCUGGAGAGCAUGGUCCUGAACAGCCACAGCCUCUACCACCGGGUGGCGCAAGAGAUCACCGUGGGACAGCUCAUCGGGCACCUGCAAGUGUCGAAUCAGGAGAUCCAGACGUAUGCCAUCGCUCUGAUUAACGCACUGUUCCUGAAGGCACCAGAGGACAGAAGACAGAAUGCGGACUACUCUAAUGCACUGGAGUGUUACCUCACUGAAAUGGCGAGCACUUUGGCCCAGAAGCACCUGCGAUCCAUCAUCCUCAAUCACGUCAUCAGAGGAAACCGACCAAUCAAAGCCGAGAUGGCUCACCAGCUCUAUGUGCUCCAAGUGCUGACCUUUAACCUUCUGGAGGAGAGGAUGAUGACCAAAAUGGACCCCAAUGACCAGACUCAGAGAGACAUCAUAUUCGAGCUGCGCAGAAUUGCCUUUGACGGAGAGAACGACCCGACAGGGACAGAGAAGAGGAAGGCCAUGUACAGCAAAGACUAUAAGAUGCUGGGCUUCACGAACCAUGUGAACCCGGCGUUGGACUUCACUCAGACUCCUCCAGGGAUGUUGGCUCUGGACAACAUGCUGUACCUCGCCAAAGUGCACCAAGACACUUACAUCAGGAUCGUUCUGGAGAACAGCAGUCGUGAGGACAAACAUGAAUGCCCCUUCGGCCGCUGUGCUAUUGAACUGACCCGAAUGCUCUGUGAGAUUCUUCAGGUUGGAGAGUUACCAAACGAAGGCUGUAAUGAUUACCACCCAAUGUUUUUCACUCACGAUCGGGCCUGGGAGGAGUUCUUCUGUGUCUGUAUUCAACUGCUCAACAAAACAUGGAAGGAGAUGAGAGCCACCGCCGAAGACUUUAACAAGGUGAUGCAGGUGGUGAGGGAGCAGAUCACUCGGGCUCUGGCCAUGAAGCCGUCGUCUUUGGACCAACUCAAAAACAAACUCAGAGGCUUAAACUAUUCAGAAAUCCUUCGUCUACGCCAGUCUGAACGCAUGAGCCAGGAUGACUUCCAGUCCCCUCCGAUCAUUGAGUUGCGUGAGAGGAUUCAGCCUGAGAUCCUUGAGCUGAUCAAACAGCAGCGACUGAACCGUCUGUGUGAGGGCAGCUGCUUCAGGAAACUGGGAAACAGGAGAAGACAAGAGAAGUUCUGGUUCUGUCGCCUCUCGUUGAAUCACAAAAUGCUGCACUACGGAGACCUGGACGAGUCUCCUCAGGGCGAAGUGCCUUUUGAGCUGCUCAGUGACAAGAUCCCAGUGUCUGAUAUAAAGUCUGUGGUCACUGGAAAAGACUGUCCCCACAUGAAGGAGAAGAGUGCUCUCAAACAGAACAAGGAGGUGCUGGAGUUGGCCUUCUCUGUUCUGUAUGACCCUGAUGAGACGCUCAACUUUGUGGCACCAAAUAAAUAUGAGUACUGCAUCUGGACUGACGGGCUGUGUGCGCUGCUGGGGAGGGAGAUGGGCAGUGACCUGACACGCUCAGACCUGGACACUCUGAUCAGUAUGGAGAUGAAGCUCCGCCUCCUUGACCUCGAAAAUAUCACCAUCCCAGAAGCCCCGCCCCCUGUGCCCAAAGAGCCCAGCUCCUACAACUUCAACUACAACUAUAGCUGAAACAAAUGGACUAGAUUUAACUACAACUACAGCUGAGAAAUACAACUUCAACUUAGGCCUGUCACGAUAAUUACUAUAUCGACUCAAGAUAUGAAAGCUGGGACAAUAUUUUUUGGGACUAGUGGAGAUUUUUUGGUUAAUUUUUGUAGUACUAUAAGAUUGGAGGAUUGAACAUGUAACUUCAAUGCAACUUUAUCCAAAUUGCACGUUUAUAAUAGGUUUUGGGGUUAAUCCUGUUUAAGGGUUAUUGUGUCAGUGGCAUAAUUAAGGUCUUUUUCACACAUGUGAGUGGCUCUGUGGAGCCCCAAGUGGCACUGGGUUUAGUCUUGUUUACUUUUGGGUUGGUCUUAUUCACACACACUGUACGUCAUUCACCCCAAACACGAUGAGCCACGUGAGAGUGCAUCUACUGAUCAAAGAACUUAUCUUUACGACAACGCGCUUCAAGCAAACAGCCACAUGAACACGCACACGCUCGCUUCCCUGUACACAGUGGUCUUUUCUUUCACCUGUGCAGACAGAUCCAGGCCCAGGCUUUUACUGUCACAGCAGGUUGGCCUCAUUCAUACCACAAUCGCCCCGCUCCAGAGGGAAUCAGAGUGCGACUGUUGGGUUCACACCGACCCAAGAACCACUCUCGGAGCGAAUACUCUUGUACAUAAACUUGACUAGUGCCAGUGUGAAAACAACCUUAGUUUUAAUAUUAUCGUUUAUCGUCUACAUUUUCUUAUAUUGAACUUUAAAGUUUGUUAUCGUGACAGGUCUACUUCAACUUCAGCUACAACUUCGACUGCAACUUCAACUACAACUACAACUACACCUGGACAAACAAUGGACUAGAGGUUUAACUACAACUGAAGUUUAAAAAUACAACAACAGAUGAAAAAAUCUAUUACGAGCUAAAAGUACAAGUAAAGCUGAAAAGUCAACUACAGCUACAACUGGAACUAAAAAUUAAAAAUGUUUUAAUACUUUUUAAAAGUACAACUUAAACUACAACAACAACAAAAAUCACAACUGAAAAAAACAACCACAACUUCCACUAUAACUGAAACUGAAACCUAAAAAAGAAAUGCUACAACUUCAAGUACAGCUGAAAAAAUAUUUCAACUGUAAGAGUUAGAAAUGUUACCAAGACAACCGCCACAAUCUACUUUAAAUAAGAAAAUAUGUACUCAGAUCAAGAAAAACGUAUUUACGUUUAACUGAAAAUACAACUAUAACUAAACUACAACUAUGAUAAAAAACAAGCCAUUUACCUUCAUGUUUUGUCUAGUCACAGAACAAAAUGUCCAAUAGAACAAUCUACUUAAAAUAAGAAAAAUAAAAUAUCUACGCAAGUCAAUAAUUAAUUUUCUUGAAAUGUUAAAAUGGUGGACUAAUUAAAAGUAACAGCCAAAAACUGUAUCCAAUAGACACAUAUAAAACACAUACAAGCAAAUGAGUUCAUGUUGCUUGUUUAGCUUUAGAGAGCAGCGGUGUAGAGUAAGGACCUCAUUGACCAAUAGGGCUGGAUCCAUUUUUGAAAUCUAAUUUCUGAACCUGAUGCUCGAAAACACAUUUUUAAUACCUGUGAGGAGUCAGUCAUUAGAUUCGAAACAUAAAUCAGAAUAGUACUUUAAAUAUAAGUACUUAUUUGUGUUUUCUUCAAUACCAAAAUAUUUGAUCAAAGUACCCAGUCCUGUCAGUCCUAUGUGUCUUUGAAUGUUUUAAAUACUAUCUAAAGUUUUAAUUCAGUAGUACUAUUACUUUUUCCACAGGUCACAGGAAGAUGUUGUCUUUUUUAUUAUAUAUUUUAAAUACUGUGACAGUAAAAGAACAAACUAGACAAAGAUCUUAGACCAGAGAAAAUAGAAGUUACGAAUGUAACUGUGGUUCUAUGAAUUCUGCAUGUCCAGAGUCAUCAGAGCUUUAGCGCCACCCUCUGGUGUUCAGUGGGAUAAAAUAAAACUACAUUUCAGAACAUUUAUGGCCAUUUUCAUAUGUUUGUAAGUUUACUACUGUCUGGUGCCAAUUCAUUUUAGCACUACUUUUAAAUCAUUUUAAAUAGUUUUAUGAUUGUUAUUAACAGGGUUUAUUCUGAAAAACUGGAACGGGCAUGAUAAAAACAAGUAUAAGAUUUAUGCCAAAAAUUUGCACUGGAACAUUCCCCUGAAUAUAAGGAAAAGGUACAUAAGACCACACUGGUGAGAGUUAUCCUGGCCUAGUUUGAAGUUUUGUAAAACUAAAAUAUGAAUUACAAUAGUAAAAAUAAUCGUGUUUUGCUGAUGCUGUCGAUAUAUGGCUGCUUGCUGGAUGUAUUAAAAGUCUCAGAAAAGCAACAAGAAAUGAAGACAAAUUCUAUGAAGUUCUGAAUGAACCGUAUAAAACAACCACAACAGUUUGAAUGAUCUCUCUUAUCUCUAUGAAGAAAUAGAUUUAUAUUUUUGUAACUCACCAUUAUCGGAAGAGUUUAACAUUUAACAAGCAUUACCGUAUCUAUUAUUACUAUUUAAAAAAUGUAUUUCCAUUUUCAUUUAAAAACCUUUUGCCAGCAGCUAAUAAUGAUGUCAGUGUUAUUGUUCUAUACAGUUAAUGGUGGUUCGUGCGAAGAUAAAUUGUUUUUCUAAUGUUUUAAAUGUCUACAAACCAUUUUAUACUCCAUAGGACCAUUUAAAACUGCAGUAACUUCUGUAGUAUCUGAUAUUAUGUGGGAUGUACUAACCAUGACUUGAAUCUAUCGCUCUUUUUCAUAAGAUAUUUAUUUAGUGGAGGUGGAGACAGAAGAGAAGUAACAUAGAAGUGAAUAGUAUUUUAUGUAUAUACAGUCUUGUGAUGCCUUAUUGCAGAAAAUGUAAAAUGUUUUGUGUGAAUAAAUGCAGAGUCUAACUAAA